AUGACUGCAAUAAUACACGCUUCCCGCUCAGAUGUGCAGGAUAAAGAGAGAAAAGAAGACCAAUGGUUUCUGGGAGUGUGUCGAAUUAGAAGGAAAGGAAUCGGUCCAAGGUCAGAUGCAACUCGAGGUUCUGGCUUCCUUGUUAAGGAUCUGAUUAUUACUGACCCGGCCAGUAAAUGCAACACAAAGUAUCUGUAUUGCCUCAUAACAGCCAGUCAAGCCAUCAAUGCUAAAGAUUCCUUGAAAAAUUAUUAUUUGGAGUUUCGAAAGUUAAAUUCAAAAAAGUUGAAAACAGUUCCACUACACGAAAUCGCAAAUCUACAAGAAGUCUUACGAACUCGUAACACUGUCUUCAUUCGCCUAAAACCCCCCAGUAAAUCCUAUGAGAACACGGAGAGCAUUUUUACAUAUCGACCAUUCAAGGUGACCAACGUGAAUCAAAUUGCAUCGAAGGAUUUUUUGUGUGUUUUCGUGGAGGACAAAGAUACGUCUUUUGAUGUGAUAGACCUGGAAAUUCAGCGGAGAAUUGAACAAAACUCUCCCACGAUUCAUUACCAAGUCAUGGAUGACCAAAAAGUUUCAACGACACACGAAGAACUCACUCUCAACAAAAACCGAAUGCCAGAUGGUGGUGUGAUCUUGAUGCGUCAAGAAAACCUAGACGAAAAAUUUCUUGCAGCUGGAUGCCUUGAUUUUGCAGACGACGGAUCUAUAUGUCCUGUCUUGUUCCCUCUCAUUCCCACAGGUAUGUUCAAUGUAAGAUCUUCGAUACGUUCCUCACAUCCUCUGCCUUACCUUCGAUGUACCUACUCUUGGAUGUUCACGUUGUCUCACUUCUAAUGUGCAGAUCGAUUCCUUAUCCUUAACGUUAAGAUAUGCAAAGAUUUCGUAAUAGAUAAUCCCCAUCUAAGCCUUUGUUGUUGUUGUUUUUCUUUUAAUGGAACAUCACGUUAUUUGAGUUUAGGAAAUGAUUCAAUCUGUUACAUUAAGUUUGUUACAGGAUAAAUACUAAAAAGUUACUAUAAUUUGUAUGUUACUUUGUAGAUACUUGCCAGGGUGGUCCCCAAUCAACGAAUGCAACUUUCUCAGGAGAAGGAGGUAAAUAUAUUCAAAUUUAAUGUUUCCAAGGUGUUUAAGUUAAUAAUACCCAUGCAUGUAAUAAGUUUUCUAACACUGCAGUAACUUUUGGAUUUAGAGAUUGAGAAAGAGAUACUUAAAGAUAAUACAAGAGAUAUAGAUCAAGGUAUAAUAACCAAACAAUCCACUGAGAUAUAACAAUUUGUCAGUGUCAGGUGGAAAAAGCAUCAAGAGACUGAAAGUGGGACAUUGGUCAAUGCCCUUAUUAUAACAUGCACACAUGAUACUUAGAGUUUCCUUCAUGCUCACUGGCUACAGUUACUGACACUUCCUCGCAACUUGGCCAGAGAUGUGUUAGAGUUGAGGAUUUCUCACUAUCCCCUUGCAAAUGGCUUAAAUCUGCUCCUUGAUACACCGCAGUUAAUUUUUCUGCUUUUCAAAAGCUCUUAAUGUUGGAUUUCUAUCGCCAACACCUAGGCACUUGAAUGAACUUUUCAUGGCUUUUGCUUGGAAAAUGUUGAAGAAAUUGUGUAUAGGCAAACCAAUAGAUGAAUUUAUUUAAGCUUAAAGUGUCCUAAGAUUCAAUCAUCGAUGAAGUUCUCUAUUAUUUAUGCAGAACUACACUAGUUUUGAUUGUUCUCCGUGAUUGCAAACCUUUGAUUUAACAAACAAUAAUCCUGAUUGUUUCCAUGGAUUUUGUUGAUGUUACUCCAUUCUGGAAGUUAGUUAGUUUUUAGACAUGAUCUUCCAUGAAACUUCAAGAACUACCUGGGGAUUAACCCCAAGGAAGACCUGGAAACCUGACAAAGUGAGAGCAGCUGAAUUUUUAUUCCAGGGAUGAUUAAAUAUUCAUUUUUAGCUGAGUCAGAGUGUGUAUAUUUUACAAAUGCAAAAGAGUGUACAUCAGUAAAUGCAGUGUUCUCUUCUUAAUUUAUCUGAUACUUUUUGGAAAGUUCUGAAAAGAAAAACUUGCGAUUGCAUCUUAUUCAAGGUAAAAUUGUGAACCAUAACCCCACAAUAAUUGUAUAUACCCAUAAAGGUCUAGUUUUAAUCAAACCCCCCCCCUCCUUCAGCUUUUACUAUUUAAUGUGGUGUUUAGGUUUAAGUAAACUAUGAUUUCUGAUAGGCCUUAACCAUGCCCUCCUGUUUCAAUUUGUGGAAAUAAAAUUGUCUCUCAAAUUCACAUGCUUGACUUCAGUGUACUAUUUAGACAGAAGUCUUUGAUUAUAUAGCACAAAGGUAGAAAGACCUUUGUAGAACUUGUACAGUGCAUGAUAGAUGUUAUACACUAGAAGGCCUCAUCAUGCAUUAUAAGGUUCUAAAUUGUAACAUGAAAAUGCUCUUGUUAGGUCUGCAUCGGACAUUAUCAAUUGAUUUCUUGAAAUACCAUUGAUACUGUUUGUAUCUAUUACCUACAUGUAUAUUUUUACUUUGUGACACCUAUGAAACCCUAGAUGGUAUUCAAUCCUUUAGUUUUGGAAUAUGUUUCCAGUUUUUGCCACCAGUGGCUUAUUUUGUUGUUGUUGAGCUGCAUUCCAUUGGUUUCUCAUCUUUACAUUGUAGAUUACUUGUUGUUUAUGUAAUCUUUAAAGCAUGUGGUUCAUACCUGCCACUGCUCAGCAAGGCUAAUUCUAAUAGAUUGUGUCAGUUUUGUUGUAGUGGGGUUAAAAAGACAUUCAUUUAGCUGCACUUUUUAGGUUUAACUGUUGGUGCUGGUGCUGUUGAUGCUGUUGCUGCUACUUCUUCUGGUAGUGUAUCUGGUGGUGGUGCUACUGUGGAUGAUGAUGCUGGUGAUACUUCCUCUGGUAGUAUAACUGAUGGUAGUGCUGCUGCUGUUGAUGCUGUUGCUGCUUCUUCUGGUAGUAUAUCUGGUGGUGGUGCUACUGUGAAUGAUGAUACUGGUGAUACUUCAUCUGGUAGUAUAACUGGUGGUGGUGCUGCUGCUGCUGCUGCCAUUGAUGCUGUUGUUACUUCUUCAAGUAGUGUAUCUGGUGGUGGUGCUACAGUAACUGUGGAUGGUGACGUUGGUGAUACUUCAUCUGGUAGUGUAACUGGUGGUGGUGCUGCUGUUAAUGCUGCUGCUACUUCUUCUAGAAGUGUAUCUGUUGGUGGUGCUACUGUGGAUGAUGAUGCUGGUGGUGCUGCUGGUGAUGCUGCUACUGGUGAUACUUCUUCUGAUAGUAUAACUAAUGGUGCUGCUGUUGUUGAUGCUGCUGCUUCUUCUGUUUGUAUAUCUGGUGGUGGUGGUACUGUGGAUGAUGAUGUUGGUGAUAUUUCUUCUGGUAGGAUAACUAGUGGUGGUACUACUUCUUCUUCUCCUUGCAGUACACAUCCGCAAGGGAAAGCUGACAGUGCACAUGGAAAUUUUCUUGGUAAGUAGUGAGCAAUCAUCAGUCAUCAUGGUUAUCUAAACUAAAGCUUUGGAGAGUUUUACACCUCUUUAAAAUUUAGCUAGUUUUUCAAGCCAUGUUAUUCAAGAAGAGGCAGCUUAUUGUUAAAAUCAUCUUCUUGGCAUGCUGUACCUUUUUUCAAUUUUUUUUCUCUAUUAUUAAAUUUACAGUCAUGUUAUUGUCAUGUUUUCAGUUUCAGAAAAACUAGUCCUUCCUGAAUGUAAGAACCUUUACGAAAAGCUAGUUCGUGCCCUUGAUAACCCAGCAAAUCGAUGUAUAGCUAAUUGGGAACAUCUGGCCUGUACACAGGAAGUUAAGGCACCACUGUUGGUUCGUCUCAAGUGUAAAUUGAGCACAAAUUACAGCCACACUCAAAUGCUUUUGGAGGUCUUGGCAGUGCGUGAGAAUGAGGAAGUUGUUACUGUGACAAAACUGAUUGCUGCCUUGAAGGCUAUAGGAAGAAAUGAUAUUGUGAAGAUGAUUACAGAUGUCCAUUGUGGUAUGUUCAAUCAUUUUUACAUGCAUUUUUGCUUUUAUGUCUGAAGGGCAGUGCUUAGUUGAGGGCAGGGCUUAUUUAAGGAUGAUGCUUAUUCAAAAAUUGGAUGCAUCAAAUAAGUGAUCUCUUUUAAUUCAAUGGUAUAUUUUCUAUCUGUGCCAAAAAAAUUUACAGUAACUAUAAGAGUCCCUCAGGCACCUCUUGAUUGUCACCUUUAUUUGCAGACUGCUAUGAUAAAAAGGUUUUUUCCCCAAUUUUUUGAGGGAAGUGCUUAUUCUGUGGACAUGCCUAAUUAUGCAGAUGAGUUAUGUUCAACAAAAAAUUCUUCAUGUACCUUGAAUCUGCUGCUUUGGGGGAAAACUAUACUUUGAACACUUGCACCGUGGUCAUCAUACACAUGCAUGGUUAACAUGUGUUGCUGUUUUCACAGGAUUUAAAUUUUAGGAACUUUGUAGUUUCAUACAAAUUGAAAACACUCCAGCUAACCUAAAAAAUUAGCUUCAUGUAAAACCAAAGGUAGGCUAGGGUGUAAAAGGUCAACUUUCAAAUGGACAAAGCCCAUGCAACUCAUUGAGUACAAAGAUAAGUCAACAAUUGCUUAGUAGAAUAAAAGUCUCUUCAUUAGACUGCUUCCUGGAAAAGCAAUUGUGGCUGCUUUCUUGAGGAAUUUUUUCACUACUAAGGAUGAUGAGAAAUUGAUUUAAAAAGUCACUCCACCUAGUCAAAUAUCCUUUUCCUGGCAUGGGGAGAGUGCUAUUUACUAAUGAGCAUUUUUUAGUUCUAAAAACUCCCUAGAAUGGCAUUAAAGGUUCAUGCUAAGGCUUCAUUAACUCAUACAUUUUAGGAGCUUUGUGUGAUUAGAAAUUGUCCCUCAGGAAAUAUAGCUAUUCAAAACAAAGGGGUCAACAAUUGAACUAGGUAUGAAAGGAAAAGGGUUUUCACUCAGUAAAUUGAGCCAUUGUGCUCAAACUGUGAAGUUUAAACCAAGUUGAUCAAAUUCAUUCUGUCUGCAUCAACUAAGUUAUUAUUAUACAGCCCUACAAUCUAUUCUCUUAUUACUUUUUGUGAAAACAGAAGCUGAAAGCUCUCCACAGCCACUAAAGGACUUCAAAGACUGUGAUUCCAACAAUGAUUUGCUUGAGCAAAUUAUUACCAAGCUGGAUGAUCAGACACAAUGGCGUGUUACAAAGCACUGGAGGCAUUUAGGCCAGAAAUUAAAAGUUUCAAAGAAAAAGUUGGACAUGAUUGAAUUUUGUGCCCCAUUUAAUCCAACAAAGAGCUUGAUGGAGUACCUCCUUGCAGAACAAAGUGUUACUAUGAUAAAAUUUAAAGAAAAAGUACAGCAAAGAACCGGGCUCUCAGCUGCAUUUAAAGCAUUAGAACCUUCCCUUAAUAGUAAGUUUGUUUUCGUGCAACUUAUUUAUAAAUAUAUUAUACUACAAUAAAAAGGGCACUUAAUUUUCCCAUAAAUUAAAUACUUACACUAAAGCUUAUUAACACAUGAAUAUUUGAUGUUUGUUUUGUAGUCUUUUUGCAGUUGGAGACAAUUAAAAUUAACAUGUCAGCAUGAGCACUGUGGCAUUGGAAUAUUUAUUAGAUUAGUUGAUUGUUGAAUAAAAUUGGCAUUGAAUUCUGAAGAAUUUGGCGCCAGGUUAUUCUUAAUGUGACGAAGAAUUUAGUAGUCCCUCCUUUAAGUGUCCAAGCACUUAAUUCACAAAUAUGAUGGUGGAAUUGACUAGUACAAAUUAUAGGGUCAUUUCUCCUUGUAAUAAUUAGAGGGGCUAAAGAUGACCGCCCAAUCCAGCUCCUGGGCUACAGAUCUAAAGGGGAUAGCAUUCAUUUACUACUGACCCCUCAUGUCUCACUUUUCUGUCAUUCUUUUUUGGUCAUUUUUUGUUCAUCUUUUUUCAUUUUUUCAAUUCACAGUGGACUGUAAUCAGGUUCAUGACAAGUUCAUGAAAGAUGUGAUUGAUCUAGAUAAUGAAUAUAUGGAUGCGUUUUAUGUUCGUUUGAACAAGAUAAUUCCAGCAGUUGACAACUGGAGACACUUGGCAGCAGCUUUUGGUAUUCCUCGUGAUAUCUACAAUGAUUUUGAUCCAAAGGAGCCCACAAGCCCCACUAAACAGCUUUUUGAAUGGCUGUUUGUUGACAGGGCUGAACUCACACUGGAUCAGCUUUGUAGUGCUCUUAAAUGCAUAAAGAGAAAUGACUUAGUGGGAGAUGUUAGGAAAUACUUUGAACAGUGCUGAUCUUCUUCUUAACACUAGGUUCAAUCAGUUUUUUUUUUAAUCUGCAUGUCCUCAAUGGCCUGAGUAACUGGAUACAGGAUUAGGGUGUAGUUGUUAUGCAGAGGUAGACUGAGGUAUUUUUCAACACCACAUUGUUCGAAUAGUCAAGCACAGAGUUCUUAUAGAGCAGCUUAGGAAGAUUGACAUCUUUUAAAUGUAAAUGGACCUUACCAUUGCAAAGUACUUUUGACAAAGUCAGUCAAGCUCAUAAAACAUGAAGAUCUUCUUUCCUUAGAGCUUGUGUUUACUUAUAUAUAUUUCCAUCACCAUAAUGAUGGGCAUUAGCACAAUAGAGUGAUGGGAAUUUGAAGAACCGACUAGUGAUGGGUCAGCUCUAUGCUUCCCUGAAAAGAUUUGGAGUGAAUGAUGUACAUGGGUGGCCAAGGAUGUUACAACAAAACUCCAUGAUCCAGGAACCACCUCUCUCCAUUAAAAUUGCUGAGACAAAGUGUAACAGGGGCUAUAACAAACAUACCAUAAUGAUUUGAUUGUUUGUCUAGGGCACUUAUUUACUUUGGUACCUUUAGGGAGGGUGCCUAUUUCUUUCUUGAGAGACUAUAGAACGUGUGAAACAAAGCUUUUAUGUUUCUUUGAAAAGGAUCAAAAAACUAGAAUAUGGACUAAUAUCUUCCCUGGAUCCUUCCUCAGUAGAAUUAUCAGCUGGGCAAUCAUCACAAAAUUUUGAGACAAGAUCAUUCGUUUAAAGGAACUGUGCUUUUGUGUGGACAUAAUAGUCAAUAGAUUAACAUGUAGACCACUGUUUUUGUAAUCAGAUGCAUUAAAUGAAAAAAUGAAAGAAAGAUGAACCACGCACAGUUGAUCUCAAUGUAUGUGUACUCUCGUAGUUCUAUCACUGAGACAGAAGAGGGAUGCUUUUUAAAAAAAUUUUGCUUAUUAGCAAAAACCAAAUUUGAAGGUGCACUUAUAAGACAGGGGUGCUUUGAUCAUGCAAGGAGGGUGCUAAAUUAAAUCAUUACAGUGAGUCACUUUACUAUGUUUUGCCACACUGUAAGGAAACACUUAAUCGCUUAUGAUUCUUAUGACUAUAAAUUUUACAUUCAGUAGAACACUUUAGUAUGUAAAGGGAUAUUUAAUUCCUUAAUAUUUUAUACUCAUUAUAUUUUGUGUUUUUAUUUUCUUAAUCUUUAUUACUACAUGCACAUAUUUACACUGAGGAUAUGGUUAAUGUAGGUAUAUUUAAUGUGUACAGGUGAAGACCCAUAUAAUGUUCAUUUGAUGAGGAUACUGUGAAUAAACUACAAUUAUUAUUUUUAUUAUUAUUAUUAUAUUAUUUUGACUCAUAGUUGAUACUGUAAGGAGAAAUUAGAACCUAGUCACUCUUAGAGGACAAAAGGUUACAACUCUGACAGGUAAUUAAUGUGACAAGUCUGUGUCAGACCAGUCAUGAACUACUUUUUAAGUAUUUGAAUGAAAAAGUCUCAAAUAUGAAUUUUAUAUUUCAACAUUUGAAAUAAAACACUGUCAUAGAAUGGCCCUAGAUAUUUUUUAGAAUUGAGGAAUAAAAAAAUAUAUUAUAUAG